AUAGGAAGAGGGGGUGGAGCUGGAUUAUUGUGGACCAACGGCUGGCCUUCCAACCAAUCGGAGUGAAUGACGGGCUGGGAGUGAAGCAUGCGCAGUGCGAAUAAUGGCGACGGAGAGACGGUUUUUUCCCAGAUCCAAAAUCGUUUCACAGGGUAUUAGAAGGGGAGGAUUUGGAGUCGGGUAACUGAAACCAAACAUCACAUCAGGGUCUGAGAGAGUUGCCUAAUUUAUUGUAACCUGAACGUCAUCGGAUUUUGAUCAUGGAAGGAAAAAGCACCGUUCACAGUGGGGAGAAACUGUACAUGUGUUCUGUGUGCGGACAAAACUUCAGUCAAUCAUCUGGCCUGUCAAAACACACGUGCAGUCACACUAAGGAGAAACCAUGGAGAUGUGGGGACUGUGGGAAAGGAUUCAAUUACCCAUCUGACUUGGAAAAGCAUCGGCGCAGUCAUUCCGGUGAGAGGCCGUUCACUUGCUCCGAAUGUGGGAAGGGAUUCACUCAGCUAUCCCAUCUGCUGAGACACCGGCGGGUGCACAGUGGGGAGAGACCAUUUAAGUGCCCAGGCUGCGGGAAUUGCUAUAAAAGUUCUGGGGAACUGAUGUCCCAUCAACGUGUUCACACUGAUGAGAGACCAUUCAGGUGCUUUCAGUGUGGGACUGGGUUCAGACAAUCAUUUCAACUCACUGUACACCAGCGAAUUCACACUGGCGAGAGACCGUUCACCUGCUCCCAGUGUGGCAUUGGGUUCACAGAGUCAUCCAACUUGCAAAGACACCAACGAGUGCACACUGGAGAGAAACCGUUCACCUGCUCCCAGUGUGGGAAGGGAUUCACUCGGUCAUCCAACCUGCUGAAACACCAGCAAGUUCACACUGGGGAGAGGCCGUUCACCUGCUCAGAGUGCGGGAAGAGAUUCACUCAGUCAUCCAAGCUGCUAACACACCAGCGAGUUCACACUGAUGUGAGACCUUUUAAAUGUUCAAAUUGUGGGAAGUGCUGUAAAAGUUCCAGAGAACUGAUGUCCCAUCAACGCGUUCACACUGACGAGAGACCAUACAUGUGCUCUCACUGUGGGAGCGGAUUCAAGACAUCAUCUGCCCUCUCUGUACACCAGCGCACUCACACUGACGAAAGACCGUUCAAGUGCCUUCACUGCGGGUCUGGGUUCAGACAGUCAGGCGACCUCACUGUGCAUCAGCGCACUCACACUGGGGAAAGGCCGUUCACCUGCUCCAAGUGUGGAAAGGGAUUUAUUCAGUUAUCCACCCUGCUGAGACACCAGCAGGUUCACAAUGGGGAGAGACUAUUCACGUGCUCUGUGUGUGGGAAGGGAUUCACUCAAUCGCGAUACCUUUUGAGACACCAGCGACUCCACACUGAUGAGAGACCUUUCACCUGCACCGAGUGUGGGAAGGGAUUCACUACCUCAUCCACCCUGCUGAGACAUCAGCGAGUUCACACUGACGAGAGGCCUUUUAAAUGCCCAGACUGUGGGAAAUGCUAUAAAACUGCUGGGAACCGGAUGACCCAUCAACGUGUUCACGCUGAGAUGGUGGUGUAGUGGUAAUGUCACUGGACUAAUAAUCCCACAGCCCAGGCUAAUAUUCUGGAGUCAUGGGGUCAAAUCCCCCCAUGACAUUUGGUAGAAUUUAAAUUCAAUUAAUAAAAUCUGGAAA